UCCAGAGGGUUUAGUCCCAGUCUCCUCACAGUUCAACGGGCAGACUGACUGAGGAAGAUGAUGAGCCUGGUUCAGAUCUCCUUCAUGCUGCUGUGUUACCUCUGUCUGUCUGAGGGGAAGAUUUCAGAAUAUCAACUGGAGUCUGAGACCCUGAGUCAGUGUGAGUCUCUACGUGGUGGUAGUUCUGCCCGGCAACAAGACCAUGUCCCCCAGUGCUCAGAGGACGGGCGAUUCAGACACGUCCAGUGCAGCGGUGCUGGUGGUGAGUGCUGGUGUGUGAACGCAGAGGGAGCUGAGAUCUCUGGAUCCAGACAGAACGGAUCAGCUGUGUACUGUCUGACGUCCUGCCAGCUCCACAGACAGCAGGCCCUGCUGAGUGGCGAUGCCCCCUGGUGCCCCAGUGCCAGGCCUCUGGGAGUACCAGGCGGUGCAGUGUGACAGCGCCCGGGGACAGUGCUGGUGUGUAGACCUGGAAGGCAUGGAGCUCUACGGGACCCGGCAGAACGGAAAGCCCUCUCAGUGCCCAGGCAGCUGUGAGGUGAGGUCGAGGCGUCUCUCCACGGCGUCGGGGAGCGCUCCCCCUCA